AUGGAAGUUCCUACAUCGAGAGGACCUUGCUUGAAUCAGUUGCGAUUGGUACUAGACAGAUGCACGAACUGGAGUUUCGAGAAGAGGAGAAUGGUUGGAUGGUUGUGUCUUCUGUCCAUAGGUAUCUUUGGCGUUUCUCCGGAGACUCGAAUUCCUCUUGAGUGUGCCAAGAGAGUACUUGAUCCAGAAGCAUUUGAGAGCUAUCCCUGGGGUCGGGUUGCUUGCAAGAGUUUGAUGAACUCGAUAAAGAUAGCAAGUUAUACUGGGAAGAAGUCAUAUACGUUAUGUGGUUUAGUCCAUGUGUUGCUUAUUUGGGCAUAUGAGGCCAUUGUUGGUGUUGGAGAAUUGUAUGAGACCCAAUUGGAUGGCGAGCUACGGUUAUUGGAUUCUCCUCGUGCUAUUUGA